GCUGAAUUGUCUGGGAGGCGGGGCUAACUAGCAAACGAGGGACUAGAGAUGGAGACGCUAAAAAGAAACUGGGAGAGACGCACUUGUGACGCACUUCCGGCGCUCUAAGCGAGGAGGAUGGCUGCGCCCCAGCAGCAGGCUUCAACGGCUUCCUCGGCUGCUGGUGUAUCCGGUCCGGGUUCGGCUGGCGGUCCGGGUCCCCAGCAGCAGCCGCAACCGCCAGCACAACUGGUGGGCCCUGCCCAGAGCGGGCUUCUGCAGCAACAGCAACAGGACUUCGAUCCUGUGCAGCGCUAUAAGAUGCUCAUACCGCAGCUGAAGGAGAGUCUACAGACCUUGAUGAAGGUUGCAGCCCAGAACUUGAUUCAGAACACUAAUAUUGACAACGGACAAAAGAGCAGCGACGGACCCAUACAGCGCUUUGACAAGUGCCUGGAGGAGUUCUACGCGCUCUGUGACCAGCUGGAGCUCUGCCUGCGCUUGGCACACGAGUGCCUGUCGCAGAGUUGUGACAGCGCCAAGCAUUCUCCUACACUGGUGCCCACAGCCACCAAGCCAGACGCGGUGCAACCUGACAGCCUGCCCUACCCGCAGUACCUGGCGGUCAUCAAAGCCCAGAUUGCUUGUGCCAAGGACAUUCACACCGCCCUGCUGGACUGUGCUAACAAGGUCACAGGCAAGACACCUGCACCACCUACUGGGCCAGGGGGCACCCUCUGAAGUGGUGGGGCAGGCGGUGGUGGGGAGGGGCAAAGAGGGAAUGAAGAGCCUAAGCCAGC